AUGAACAAUAUCGACCCAUCGCAUCGCAAAGCCAUCAUCGGCGAUCCCAAGGGCAAUUUCUGGCUGUACGACUCCGCCGCCGGAAUCGACCUCACCCAUCCGCCCACGCCGACAUCCGCCACUCCAACCCCAAACUAUACGCUGGCCACGACCACACUACCCGUGAAAAUCGAUCCAGCCAAGUCGGCCCUCGUGAUCAUCGACAUGCAGAAUUUCUUCCUGUCACCAAGUCUCGGCCGACCAGCAGACUCCAAGGGCCUGCUCGCGCAGCAGCAGCUCUUGAAGUACGCGAUCCCCGCGGCACGCAAGGCAGGGGUCCGCGUCGUCUGGCUGAACUGGGGUCUGACCGACGAAGAAAUCACCGCCAUGCCGCCCGGGACACUGCGCGCUUUCGGCUACGAGACCGUGCCGGCCGACCAGUUCGAGUCGUAUGCCACCAUUGAGCAGAAACAAGCCGCGAUCGACUCGUACGGCGUCAACGAGGGAUGCGACAAGAUCGCCCUCGAAGAGAUUGAUGCCAAGACCGAGGCUGUUCCCGGCAAGAAUCCCCGGAUCUAUAGAGGUCUCGGAGCAGAGAUCGGGCCCGUCACCCUCGACGAUGGCACGACCACCGUCGAGGGAGGCAGGCUGCUGAUGCGCGACAGCUGGAAUGCCGAUGUUACUCCCGAGCUUCGACGCGCGUAUGAGGAAGGGCUAAAAGCCAGUCCGCCGGACGUAUGGAUCCAUAAGAACCGUAUGUCGGGUCUGUGGGGCGCGAAUACGGCCUGUUCAGAGUUUCUCGACAAGGAGGGCAUCAAGACGCUGUUCUUCACUGGCGUCAAUACAGAUCAAUGUGUGGGGGGAAGUAUACAGGAUGCUUAUUCGAAAGGAUACGACAUCAUUCUCCUUUCCGACGGUGCCGCCACUACCAGCCCGUCCAGUAGCCAGGAGUCCAUCGAGUUCAACUGCGCAAAGACUUGGGGCUUCUGCACGUCUUGCAAAACUUUUGCGGAUGGUGUUAGCUUGUAG